AUGCUCUGGCUUCAAGUAGCCAGCCAAAUUGGCAUCGUCGUCUUCACGUUUUUCGUGCAGAUGCAGAUGCCCAGCAAUCAAUAUCUACCUGAAGUCGUCGGACAGCUCAUCGACGCGGCUUCUCCUCGCUUCGCAUACCUCGCUAAAGAGGUUGCGCUUUCGCUCCGGUCCAUCCGUCCCACGCUUCCGGCUCCCCCGACUCGUCAUUCUAUACCCCCUUCGCCAACUACGGCUGAAGCCAAGGAUAUCAUCAUCUGGGCCCCCACAACUCACGCUGUCCCCAUUGAGCUGCAGCCUCCGGCGCUCGCUACUCAACUUGUGGCGUCGUCGCCGGUGCUUGCUACCUCCAUGUCGAUGCCCACGUUUACCCGAGCUUCCACAUCUGAGGAUGCGUCGUCAGAUAUAGUGAUCUGGUCGAAUGAUGCGGUAGACUCAGCGAACCACUUCUGCCCGACUUACCUCGCAUCCAUCGUCCCUACCUGCCAUCUUCGUCCAGCUCACAUCGUGGCGAUUGCCUUCACGUUCGCAACGAUUUGGAGUGCAUGUGGACUGUUCAAGAUCUAUCAAGCUCGGCGUGAUGAGAAGACGGUAUCUGCCAACAGUGGUUUGCGGAGCUAUACCCAGAGCAACAUCGUUGCCAAGCUCAUAGCGACAUUCUAUGGCGGCGCACCAUCGCGGUCCAGAACGAGCUCUCUGGACCGCGAUGGUGCUUCGUCGACUGUCCCGAGCGCCUCUGCAAACCACGAUACCGUACUCACCGUCCUUCCAAACACGAACCACACAGACGGCGACGGCGGCAACACGACGGCAGCACGUACCCAGCAACAGACGGAAAGCUCAACAGCUCAUGAAAGUCAUUCCACGCCAGGGACGUCCAAGCCCUCGUGGGCCCCCAGUAGGCUCGCGCCCAUGCCCGAGACAGUGUCAAUGGCGCACACCGCGUACGCUUGCGAGAUAUACGCCAAGAAGUGUGCCGAGCAUAUCAAAAUGAUGGAGUACCAGAGCGCGCGCCCGGCUCUAGUGCGAGAGGCCAUGGAGAGAGAACGCGAGGGGUUCCUAGCAUUUGUCGAGCAGGAGGUCCAGCGCGCCGCGGGACUGCAGACUCAGUGGCAGGAGCGUUGCGCAGAGCUCACGAGGAUUUAUGCGACAAUGACAGCACGCCAGGCAGAGGUCUAUGGGACGCUGGAAGUACUGAAGUCGACGCGUGCGCGGCUGGACUCGGAACGCGCAAAGGCGAGGAAGGAGCACGAGCAGCGGGCGAAGGAGAGGGCGCAGGUAGAGCAGGCGCGUGCGGCCAUUGCAACCAAGCGCAUGAAUGCAGAGGAGGGACGCUUGGAAGAUACGCGUAAACGAGUACAGGCCAUUGUGGAGCGGACGGUGCUGGAGGAACAGAACGAGAUGCUGGAGAAGGAGCGCGUCCUGCGAGAGGCAGCGCGCACGCGAACUGAGGAAGAACACUUGGAGGCCGAGCAAAGGCGCGUGGAGGCCAUGGAAGAGCAGAUCCGCUUGGAAGAACAGCGCGAGAUGCGGGAGAAGGAACUUGCGCGGAUCGAGACUGGGCGCAUGCAGGCGGAGGAGGAGCGCUUGGUAGCUGAGCAGAGACGCAUACAGGCUACGACGGAGCAGAUAGCUCUGGAACAACAGCGGGCGAUACUGGAGAAGGAGCAGAUCCGUCUGGAGGCCGAGCGUGUGCGCCAGGAGGCCGAGCGUCGGCGUGAUCAGGAAGUGCAGGUAGGGCCAGCGAGGCAUCUGCAGGAUCGGGAGGUGCAAAAAGAUGAGCCAGCUCUACGUGACAACGAAGCACAGACGCUUUACGUGGAAUGGAAGGACGCACAGACGGGUCGGGGAAGCCUAUGUGAGGGGGGCAUGCAGACCGACUGUACGGAAGGCGUGCGCGAUCAGGAGGUGCAAUUCGGCCCCGCGGAUUAUCAGGUGCAGACUGCGCGAGAAAACGAUCUACGCCACCAGGAGGCGCAGAUCGAGCGAGAUAUGCAAGCGCAACAGGAAGACCAGGUGUCUCACGAAGGCGGACAAUGGAUGCAAAUGGACGAUGCGAUGGACUCACAGGACAGUGGAUCAGUCGAGCAGGUCGAACACGUCGCACAGCCUGUGCAGUACAAGCAAGCUCAACCUGACGUCGACGCCGGUCAUGAGUUUCCAGUCCAGUGUACCCCUGUUCAGCCGUCUCCCCACAAUCCAUUCACGGCGGUUCCGCUGCAGGAGUACCAGAAACCCAUUCAGGCACCGCAAUCGCAGCCUGCGGUGCAGAUCCCUGCUGCGUCAUCUAGUAGCAUGCCCUUGACAGGCCAACCGUCAUCCCCGAGUCCAGUCACUGCAGCCGAUACUGUCGAACCAUCUGCUGCUCAAGCUGAGAACUUAAGGAAGAUCCUCAUAGACCUUUUGCUACAGCAAGCACAAAACGGGCAAAGCAUGCAGAUGAUCGACGAUGACCUGAACGACAGGCAAAAUAUGCAGGGGCAAGCUAAUCAUGCGAACAUGAAUGCGAUGCCACAGCUCCAGGGAGGGUACCAACCCAGUCUCGACGACUCGUAUUACCAGCCCAUGACCCCGCAGUCAUGGCAAGGCCCAAUGAGCACAACUGGACCAUACGGCUACCAGUGGGCUGCACAACCUCUCCCGCCGGCCCUUGCGACAGGUCAGCAGUUCGCGCAAUACGACCCUGCCCCGCCGCCCCCCACAGCAUCGAUCAUGUUCGACCAGGCUCCGUCCUCCAGAUACUAUACCGUCCCUGACAUCGUCGCCUCACAUUACGCUGACCCACGUAUGGGCCAAGCAUCCGCUUCAGCACCGGUUGCGCAGGGGUAUUCCAGUCUCCAAUACUGGCAGGGUAUGCCAGAAACAGGCCCGCAAGACCUGCAGGACGGGCAAGCAUGGUACGCCGAGAAUGGCGAACACGACGCGGGAGAUGCGCAGUCACAAAGUGACGAGGUGGAGGUUGACCUCGGAUACGAAUAUGAAUACGGCGAGACAGCUUACCCUGCACCAAGUGGUCAUCCCGAGGGCGACGUCUCCGGAGACAGCACUCAAGAAGACCAUCCGGAUUCGGAUUCUUCGCAGCCCACCGAUCUGCCGCCCACCGAUUUAUCUAACCGCCCCAAGCUCCCACUUCCAUCCCGCGCAAGACGUCUACAAAGUCAUCAAGAGGCACAGACAGUGCAGUUCCUCCCGAUGGGCCAUCUUGCAGAACAGCCGCCGCUUGAUGGCCAAUCCAGCGCGUCUUCGGUUGCUUGGAGUGCAGAGGUGGAUUUCAGUAUGCCGCAGUCAACGUAUGGGCCCCCGCAAGCUUGGGGCGCUGCUACGCUGGCUCAGCACGAUUCCUCGCCCUCAGCGUCCAUGAGUACGCCUUCGUCACGUCUUGAAGAGCACGCGCGGGACGGCCAUUCAGGAAUCUAUGAGUCGAGCAGCGUCUCGAUAGCAGCGCCUAUCGAGCAUACAUCAUUGUCUCUCCAUGACUACAUGGCGGCUGAGGCAGCUUCACAGCAGGCACCGAGAUCGGAAUCAGAAGACGGAGAGACGGAGGAGGAGCCGGCACAGUUUCCGCCUGGGGAAGACCAUGAGAGUUGGGAGAUAGCAUUAGAUCAAAUUCGGAGAAUCCGAGUGCGAAACGCACUACGCGGUAAACUGAGAGUCGAAAUUCCUGAAGAAAGCAUCCGCAUCACAGAUAGGUGCUGGGAAGCGCUGUCUGUCUGUGAGUUACCAAAGACUAGGAAGGCUACGUGUGCACUCAAAAUCAUCAAGUGUUCAGACGAAGCAGAGCUCCCUUCGAUGCCGCGGGCGCAGACAUGUCCCUGUAUCUCGCACAGCCAAGGACCUUCCUUGCCCGUGGAGAUCUGGCUGGAAGUGGUGGCUGGAUUCGUGGAAGAACGCGAUUACGACGCAUUGGCGAACUGCACCAGAGUGUGCAAAUUCUUCCGCUUCUGGUGUCGCCGACACCUGAGCGAGCAGAUGGCGUUCAAGAGCGAACAAGACGUAGAACGCAUCAAGGCGGAUGCUGCAAGGGCAGAGGGCUGGAAAGGACCGCACACUGUUCACAUCAUCGGAGAAGGAGAGUCGAAGGCGACUUCGCACCUGUCCACAUUUGCGUCCAAAUUUGCAGGUCGCUGGACUGAAAUCGAGUGGCUGCAUCUCGACAAGGUGCACUGGCCGCCGCAAUGGCAGGCCGCCGAUGCCGCCGUCUUCAAGGAUAUGUCCCGCUUCACCUCAAUCACGACGCUCGAGCUCGACGGCGUUACGUUUCCGUCAGUCGUCACAUUGGGGCGACUCAUCUGUGCGCUACCACGCCUCACAACGCUCUGGCUCGCCGAUGUUAGGUUCCACCGAUGCUUUUAUCUGUUCGACCCCCGUACACUGUCAGACUUCCGUCGUCUACCAGAAACCAAGCUUGAGACACUGUACCUGGGAACAGCGCACUAUGGGAUGCAAAACUACAGUCCUGCUGCAUGGCCGCAUUACACUGAGCUACUUACUUUCAUCACUGCUGUGAGUGGCCACAGUGUCAACACUCCUCCGGUUCAUCCAUGGAGAUCGAUCAGCCGUCUCCAGCUCCAUCAGAUAGUUGGUUGGAAAAUCACUCCCCCUUCCUUCGCCCGCCUCCUGCGUGCGUUCCCUGCGCUUCAUAAGCUUGACUUUUAUACAAAAGUAGCCGGGUACGCACCUGAACUAGAACUCACCUGUGCAUCCGCUCGCAUUGGUGCAGAGCCAAUCAUCAUCACGGUAGACCAAGCCCAUGUGUCGUUAGAUUCAGACGAUCCGUAUGCCUAUCAAAUUCUUCGCUGCCUGAUCAAGAUGGACUACCCCCUCAGAGUAACAAAGGUCUACGCUCCAGGAUAUAUGUCGGAAGCUCUCAAUGAAUUACUCAGGCAUGCUGGACCGUCACUGGAACAUCUCACACUCCAUCAUGUCGAUGUUCCAAAAAUGCGUUUAUCACCUCAUGAGAUUCCACAAUUUGAUCUCUCCGAGAACGCGAACCUAAAGUUUCUUAGCCUGACCACACGGAGGGAACUUUACGAAGUGGAGGGACCCUUCGCUAAAAUCCGUGGGCUACGAGGCCACGGCCGGAUAGAGAAACAAGAUGCCGACCUCGUAGAACAACUCUGGUUGUCGUUCGAUAAACGUGAUAUCCUUGGAAUUGGUUUGUUCUGGAAUUACGAGGAAAACACCUGGGAACGUUAUGAUCUCAAGCGAGGCGAAGACGGCAGUGCUUUUGUCGUCGAGGCGCCUGCCAGUGCUUCUAAGGGUAGCGUGCAUCCUGGCGAUUCUGCAGACUCCAACGGCUCGUACGAUGCUGAAUCGUCGGGAUCGUUCGACGCCUGUGCUACUGCACUAAGUGAAGAGCUGCGUGCAUUCCGCGAGUUCAUCCUUGAAGGCUACAAUUUGCAUUUGAGCUCUGGUCACGCACAAUAA